AGGAGGGCGGUCUUCCGGUGUGACUGGAAAGGGGAGCUGAGGGGAGCCGGAAGAGACCGUCGAAGCUUUUUGAGGGGAAGAGAAGCGAGCGGCGGGAGGGCCAGUUGAGGCGACAGGAUGUCUUCCGGUGCUUUAUUCCCAACCUUGGUGCCCGGUUCUCGGGGCUCGUCGAGCAAAUACCUGGUAGAGUUCCGUGCCGGAAAGAUGUCUCUGAAAGGCAGCACUGUCACUCCUGAUAAGCGGAAGGGCCUUGUCUACAUUCAGCAAACGGACGACUCCCUCAUUCACUUCUGUUGGAAAGACAGGACAUCUGGGAACGUGGAUGAUGACCUGAUUAUAUUUCCUGAUGACUGUGAAUUUAAAAAGGUACCUCAGUGUACUACUGGCCGUGUCUUUGUAUUGAAAUUCAAGGCUGGAUCCAAGAGACUUUUCUUCUGGAUGCAGGAACCGAAGACGGAGAAAGAUGAAGAGCACUGUCGUAAAGUGAAUGAGUACCUCAACAACCCACCCAUGCCUGGCGCUCUCGGAGGCAGUGGAAGUGGGGGCCAUGAACUUUCAGCCCUUGGAGGUGAGGGUGGCUUGCAAAGCCUUCUGGGAAACAUGAGUCAUAACCAGCUGAUGCAGUUGAUUGGACCAACGGGCUUAGGAGGACUUGGUGGACUCGGUGCUCUGACAGGUCCUGGCCUGGCUAGUCUGUUGGGCAGUGGGGGGCCUCCAACUAGCAGCUCUUCUUCAAGUUCUCGCAGCCAGUCAGCAGCUGUCACACCAUCCUCCAGUACCUCCUCCACACGGGUGACGCCCGCUCCUGCUGCUCCUGCAGCUGCCGCAGCCACUACUCCUAGUCCUGCUCCCAGCUCAGGAAAUGGGACCAGCACCGCAACAAGCCCUACACAACCUAUCCAGCUGAGUGAUCUUCAGACCAUCUUAGCUACUAUGAAUGUACCAGCCGGAACAGGAGGACAGCAAGUUGACCUGUCCAGUGUGCUUACUCCAGAAAUAAUGGCACCUAUUCUGGCCAACACAGAAGUUCAAGAGCGCUUGCUGCCUUACCUUCCUUCAGGGGAAUCUCUGCCGCAAACUGCAGAGGAGAUUCAGAACACGCUCACCUCUCCGCAGUUCCAUCAGGCGCUGAGCAUGUUCAGUGCUGCCUUGGCUUCUGGGCAACUGGGACCCCUGAUGAGCCAAUUUGGCUUACCAGCUGAGGCCAUAGACGCCGCAAAUAAAGGGGAUGUGGAGGCGUUUGCAAAAGCCAUGCAGAACAACGUCAAAUCUGACCAAAAAGAAGGAGAAGCAAAGGAGAAGAAGGACGAAGAGGAAGACAUGAGUUUAGAUUAGGUUUCUUAAUAGUGUCUGAAGGAUACUCCUAGAUAUUAAGUAGAAUCCCUAGCUAACUCCGUGUAUCAAAUCUACAAGUAAAGGAUCUCGCUCCCAAAAUUCUUUCUGGAAAUAAAACUUUUUUCCCCAUUUUUUCCCAGACCAGGCAGCUGUUUAGCCUUAAGACACACUUGUCCCUAGGAAGGAUUUGAUUGGACUAAACGGAAUCUUGCAUCCAGUAAAACUGUAGCGUUUUAAGUUUGAAGGGUUAGCCUACACCUGUUAGUUUAUAUACAUAUAUAUAUAUAUAUAUUUAUAUUUAGCUAAUUGUAUCUGGGCGUGUCUAUAUCUGGUGGAAUAUUUUUGACUUCAUGCCUUCAUUAAAGAUUUGAGGGGCUCCUGAAAGUCUGAUCUCCUCCCCUCCCUCCGUGUUGGAUAAUGUGGGGCUGGGGAAAUUGUUUGAGCAGAAUUCUGUAUUUUCACAGGAACCACAAGUCCCAAGUAUUUUUAACUGGCUUAAUCUCCAUUUGCAAAGAGGCUUGGCUCCAUUUGCCAAGGGUGGGCUGGGCAUGACACAAGGCGAUAAAAGAAGGGUUAUUAUGGCUUUGAAGUUGACAAAUAACUGGCAAAAUUAUUGUUUUUUUUCGGGAGAGGUUAUAGAAUUGAACCCUUGCAAGAAAUUUAAUUGGUUGUAAGCAUGUAAUUCACAUUGUAUAAAGAGGGAAGACUACUA